AUGGAGAUUCCCACCAACCGGAUUGGCACCGCUAAGAUCAUCAACGUCCCCAGAUCAACCCAAAGGGAACGCAAAGUGCACUUCGCCGAGGAGCCAGAGUACCUCAUCCAGUCGGUGGCUCCCAAGCUCCCCUACAUCGACCUGGGGUGGCUCGAGCUGAUCCCCACUGACCAGGACAAUUUAUAUGGCCGGGGAGUGAGACAGCUUAAGUGUCUCUGGGCGGAGGCUGGAGUGAAGCUAGGGUUCAACGACGCCGAGAUCAAGGCGCUCGUGUGCCUGAUGAUGAGUGUCGGCAACUUGAGUCAGGUGGCCCGGCUGUACCCCGAGUUGUUCGUCGGCAAUGACGUCGAGCUCCACUACCAGCUCGUGCGCUACGUCGGCGCUGUGUGUGAGUGGUACUGUGAGUACUCGCCCGAGCUACUCGAGUGGUUCGACGAGACCUACACCUCCCUCUUACAAGACGGCACCGUCACUCGGGCUGAGUGUGCCGAUAACGUCAACUACAACUGGCACUCGCGCCGCCAGCGCCACCACACCAUCCGCGAGCUUAGCUACAGCUCCGACGACGACAGUUCGUGA